UAUGACGUCAGUUUUUUCUAGCAUUCUCAACUGGUUUUCAUUGUUUUCUCAAUAUAAUAUUCUUUAUAUAAUGGCAACUAUAAUACCGCAGCGAUUAAAACCUAAUAUAAUAUCUCAUUUACUCAACAUUUCACUUAUUAUCUCGUGUUUGGCCACUCUUUUGAUAGCCAUUAGUGGUGAUAAUCCUCAGUAUAUCCAUUACAAUGACAACAAUAACAGUAAUCAGACAAACACUAUGAUUGCUGUCGAGAACUCAAUCGCCGAAAACUAUACAACACUUCGUGUAUUUCACGCCAUUCUCGUACUGACCGCUGACAUCACUUUACUGGUCGGUGUCAUCAUUGGUCACAAACACCGGACCGGUUCCGGUCAUACCAUUGCACUGAUUGUAUUGUUUGUUGUUAUGGUAUUUCUUUUAUGUCGACCGUCGAUGUUCUCCAGUAUUAUACAUCAAAUCAUUUUUAUACUAAUCUAUAUGUUUUGUCUUAUGAUUAAAAGCGAAACAUUAAUAAUCGAUAUUAAAAAAUAA